AGUUUAGAGCAAAGAUUUGGAGGUGUAGGGAGGCGGCGGCAGGAAGGGGAAGCGGCCGCUGCAAGCGCUGGGCAGCAGCCGGGCUGUGCAGAGGAAACCCGGGCCAGAGAGCCACACUAGACCCGGCGCCCAUGGACAGACUGGUCAGUUCCGACAGCUUGGCCGCCAAGAAGCCGCCGCGCUUGUCGCCUGGCUCCGGGCAGGCGAGCGUGGAGUCGCAGGACGGUCCUGCAGGGUCUCACGUUGAAUGGUGUAAACAGCUUAUAGCUGCUACUAUCUCAACCCAACAUUCAGCCUCUGUAGUGCCAGAAGCCGUCUCCAAGGACUAUAGGGAGAAUCAGGAUGGACGUAAUGGCUCCUGUAUUUCUGACCCUGACCAGGGUGUUCUCCCUUCGGUCCUGAGGGAUGGAAAUAAGGUGGCUCAAAUGGAGGAGGCACCACUCUUUCCAGGAGAAGCUAUCAAAACAAUCGCCAAAGAUGUCACGUACAUUUGCCCGUUCAUUGGAGCCAUCAGUGGAACACUUACACUAACUGACUACAAAUUGUACUUCAAAAGCGUGGAACGGGAGCCUCCAUUCACUCUCGACAUCCCACUUGGUGUCAUGAGCCGCAUUGAACAAAUCGCUGGUUUACAAGGGCACGGAGCAAGUUCCUGCGGCCUGGAGAUUGUGUGCAAGGAUAUGAGAAAUCUACGCUUCACUUACAAGCAGGAGGAGCAUGGGAAACUGGAGAUCUUUGAGAACCUCACACACUUUGCCUUUCCCGUCUCAAUAAACUUGCCACUGUUUGCAAUGAAAUAUAAGGAGAACUUCCCUGUGCAGGGCUGGAAGGUCUACGACCCAGUUGCAGAAUAUAAGAGACAGGGUCUGCCAAAUGAAAGUUGGACAAUAUCUAAAGUCAACAGCAACUACGAGCUCUGCGACACUUACCCAGCUAUUGUAGUGAUGCCAACCAACGUCAAAGAUGACGACCUGUGCAAAGUGGCGGCUUUCCGGACCAGCGGGAGAUUCCCAGUCUUGUCAUGGAUCCAUCCGGAAACCCAAGCCACCAUUACCAGAUGCAGCCAGCCAAUGGUGGGACCCAACGACAAGCGGUGCAAGGAAGACGAGAAGUACCUGCAGACCAUCAUGGAUGCCAACGCCCAGUCUCACAAGCUGACCAUCUUCGACGCUCGGCAAAACAGUGUGGCCGAUGCCAAUAAGGCCAAGGGGGGAGGAUACGAGAGUGAAAGUGCCUAUUCCAACGCCGAGCUUGUUUUCUUGGAAAUCCAUAAUAUCCAUGUGAUCCGGGAAUCUCUGAGGAAACUGAAGGACGUUGUUUACCCAGUUAUAGACGAAUCCAAGUGGCUGUCAAACAUCGACUCGACGCAUUGGUUGGAAUACAUACGGAUCUUGUUGGCGGGAGCGGUCCGCAUGGCUGACAAGGUGGAGUCGGCAAAGACCUCUGUGGUCAUCCAUUGCAGCGACGGGUGGGACCGGACCUCUCAGCUUGUGUCGCUCAGCAUGCUGAUCCUCGAUAGCUACUACCGAACCAUCAAGGGCUUUGAGGUGCUGCUGGAGAAGGAAUGGCUCAGCUUUGGACACAGAUUUGCCGUUAGAGUAGGACAUGGGGAUGAGAACCAUGCAGCCGCAGAUCGAUCGCCCAUCUUCCUGCAGUUCAUCGACUGUGUGUGGCAGAUAACCAGACAGUUUCCGGCUGCCUUCGAAUUUAAUGAGCUCUUCCUGUUGACCAUCUUGGACCAUCUGUACAGCUGUCUGUUUGGGACCUUCCUCUUCAACAGUGAACAACAGCGAGUGAAGGAGGAAGUACAGACAAAGACGGUGUCUCUGUGGUCCUACAUAAACAGCCAGCUGGAGGAGUUCACCAACCCGUUCUACGUGAAUUAUGAAAACCACGUGCUCUACCCAGUCACCAGCUUACGGCACCUGGAGCUGUGGGUGAAUUAUUACGUCAGGUGGAACCCAAGGAUGAGGCCACAGGUUCCGAUUCACCAGAACAGUAAGGAGCUCCUGGGCAUCCGGGCCGAGCUGCAGAAGAAGGUGGAGGAGCUUCAGCGUGAGGUCAGCAACCUGGCGGUGUCGUCCUCGUCCGAGAGAGCUUCCCCCACACACUCGGUAUCCCCCGUGCAGACGACCGUCUGAACCGCCCUCCGCCGUGGUCACCUGGGCACGCGAUCGACCACGGCCACCGGCACGACUGCUACAUUUACUUGAACGCUGUAAAUACAGAGUCCGUCUUUGUACGCGUGUGUUUGUGUGUGCUGCAUAUUUUUAUGUUCUGUAAACCAUUCUGUGGAUGGCCUUGAUACAGUACCACUUCAUCCUAAACCCAAGGCCUUCUUUUGCAAAGGGAAACUAAGUGCCACUGUGCAGUUCAGCCAAAACCCUUGACAAAUCACGGCUGGUGGGGCCUGAGUGGUCAAUGGGGUGAGACAAUAGACCUGAUAUCUGAGGAACGAGAGGGCCAAGUCUUUUCUGUAGCCAGCUGUGAAGGAGAUCUGUGUCUUUUCUGCUCCUCACCCCUCAGCUAAUGAUGUCCGCGCUGCCUCUCAGGAGCCCAACCCAGCCUCGUGAAUCGUAUCACAGCUCACAGAGGAGUUCCACUUUUGAUUUUUGGGAGCGGUAACUUUACUAUUAACAUUUUAACAACCUUGAUAAUAUGUAUAUAUUUUUAUAGAGUGCACAUAGACUUCUCCGUCGCUUUCCAUCUUUAAUCAUACUAUUAAUAAAUAAAAUCAAACAUUUUCCGAGGAUUAAGAAAGCCAAUGCAUUAACUAUAUAUGAUGUUGUCUGCAAUAUUCUCUCACCCAGGGCUAGGAUGUGGUGAACACCAGUGUACAGUUCGACAUUAAUUUGCAGGACAUUGUCCAUUAUUUAAGCAAGGAUUUGUUUUUAAUCUGAAGAGGUCAGCAUGAGCUGUUCGCUGUGUAACUUCAUGAGGUACUGAACUAGAAUAUGAAAAUCAUGUUUAUCAAAAAAAAGGGGGCACUGCUUCACAGUGCCAGGGUCCCAAGUUCGAUCCUGACCUCGGGUGCUAUCUGUGUGUGGAGUUUACAUUUUCUUCACGUUUCCUUCAGGCACUCUUGUUUCCUCCCACAGUUCAGACAUGUGGAUUUGUAGGCUAAUUGGUCUCUAAAUUGCCCCGAGUGUGUCAGGACUGGGUGUGUAAGUGGGACAACGUAGAACUAGUAGAUUGCUAAAGGCCACAAAGUCAGUUGGUCUGGAAUGAGCAAAGUCUUUUCUGUAUCAUUGGACAACUCGCUUUUACCUCACCACGAUUUCUCUUUCUGCUUCUGUUGACGUAAACUCACAAUCUCACUGCCAACAUUGGCAUAUCUUUGAAGUGGAUAAAUAACUCGGCUUGACGUAUUUUGUAACAUUAAGUUUCAGAAGUCCGGUUCCACUUUUAAGCAUUUUAACAGUCGGAAAUGCAAACCCGUGUGCUUGCGAUGGUGAGAUCCUUCAGUAGGGAAUAUUGGAUAAAUUUAUAUACCGUAAGCAGUUGGCAAUAAGACAUUUCAUUUUAAAUCAGAUUCAAUUUUUAAGCCAUCUAACGGUCGGAAAUACAAAUUCAUGUACUUAUGAUGAUGAUGGUGAGUUCUUACAAAUUGAGAAUAUUUGACAAAUGUAAAUACUAAAAGCAGUUGGCAUUAAGACAUGUCAUUUUAAAUAGACUGCUAAUGCGACAAGAUAACAUUUUACCUAGGGUUGGGUUUUUUUUAAAUGGUACUAUUUGGCAGAGUGGCAGAAUUCUCAGUGGAGCUCUGGUCAAUACUUAUCUCAAUCCACAUUACAAUAGCGGAGUUGUUGUUUGUGGGAUCGUGGUCGUCACAAAGAUUUUCCUGAAUACAACGAUGACCACCAAUUAUUAAAUAUUCAAUUGACUCUGCCCCGAGAUGUCUUAAAUGCUUUAAAGGUUAUGUAAAUCAUUUUCAAACAGUGAUUUAUGUCACAAUGAAUUGCUUAAUCUGUAUCUCCCAACAACAAUGUCAUGCCUUAAAACAAGGAAAUAAAAUGAAUCCUAUUACUAAAAAGGACCAAAUUAUUUGAAAUAAAGAGCAAGUGGAAAUCAUCUUUAUCUACAAGUUUAUUAAGUGGUUUUCAGUUUAGUUACAGUUCAGUAAUUAACAGCCACUUUAGAACACAAUUACAUUGAGUGUGACAAUUCUGUUAUUCAACAUAGCCAACGACAGCUGUACUCCAACUAAAAAGUAAGCAUGUCACCAUCUAUUAAAACAGUCGGACUUUGACAGGACAUAUCUCAAUCUGGUUUUGUUAAAUUUCUACACUCUGGUGCAUUA